UAAGACACUCGCAACCGCAAAGAGUCGGACAAUCAGAGACAGAGUGAGAGAGAAGCAAGGGAGAGAUGCAUUGUAAUGGCUCUGAUCUUCACGCAAAUGGUUAUUAUCAUAAUUUUGUAAUAAAAUUUGGGUUAAUCAUAUUAUAUUCAAUGGCAAGAGUGGGCGCUUCGAUCCACGAAUACAAAAAAGAACCCUUCAUUCGUCGUUCCAAUUCUUACUUCUUCCAUGGCGGCAGUGAAGGCCUCUACGCUUCCAAGAUACCCGUUGACAAUGUCACCCUCAAUGGGAAAUCCUUCAUCAGGUUUGAGUCUGUCACCUUUAGGAGAACAAGAGAGUCCGCUGAAAAGAAGAAUGAGAUGCAGCAAAAAACAGGACUUGUUGAAGCUUUAAUAGUUGAAGUGAGAGACAGGGAGAAGAUUGGGGGUUCACAUUUGAAUUCUAAUGCAAUAUGCUGCACUCCAGAACUUGCCAAGGAUGGAUCCUGCAGGGUAGGGGAGGUAAUUAUUCACCGAGACCCAGAUAAGCCCGAUGGGCCUGAACGAAUUCAAACCUUCUUUGAGGGGAAAAAUGAAGAGGCUAAAAUGGAGCUUCAAACAGUUGAAAUCAACAGGACUGGAAUGUACUAUCUGUAUUUUAUGUUUUGUGAUCCACAACUCACGGGCAUGAAAAUUAUUGGAAGGACAGUUUGGAGGAACCCAGAAGGUUAUCUUCCUGGAAAGAUGGCACCACUUAUGACUUUUCAUGGCCUCAUGUCUUUGGCUUACAUUAUUUUGGGUCUUGUCUGGUUUCUUCGGUUUGGACAAUAUUGGAAAGAUAUAAUACAGUUGCACUACCACAUAACAGCUGUGAUUGGUCUGGGUAUGUGUGAAAUGGCUUUAUGGUAUUUUGAGUAUGCAAAUCUCAAUUCAAAUGGAGCUAGACCAAUGGGAAUCACCAUUUGGGCAGUUACCUUCAGCGCUGUUAAGAAGACUGUCUCCCGUUUACUUCUUUUAGUGGUCUCAAUGGGCUAUGGGGUUGUGCGGCCUACCCUUGGUGGUAUAACCUCAAAAUUACUACUACUUGGUGCAACAUAUUUGGUAUUCUCAGAAGCACUUGGACUAGUUGAACAUUUAGGGAACAUCAAUGACUUUUCUGGCAAAGCAAAACUCAUUCUGGUGCUACCAGUGGCUGUCUUGGAUGCCUGCUUUAUUAUAUGGAUCUUCUCAUCUCUCUCGCAAACUCUUGAGAAGCUUCAGAUUAGAAGAAGCACAGCUAAAUUUUCACUAUACCAAAAGUUUACCAACUCCCUUGCAGUCUCAGUUCUACUCUCCAUUGCUUGGAUCGGUUAUGAGUUGUACUUCAACGCAAGCGACCCAUUGAGUGAACUGUGGAGAAGAGCCUGGAUAAUCCCUGCUUUCUGGACAUUACUUUCGUACAUACUCUUGGUGAUAAUAUGCAUUCUUUGGGCUCCAUCUAAUAAUCCCACUAGGUAUGCAUACUCAGAAGAGAUGGGGGAUGAACUCGAAGAGGAGGAAGGGAUUGCACUUACUGGCAAUGGAGUUAGGGUGGCUGGAGAUGCAGCACUCACUUUGGAAAGAAAGGUGUCAACUGCAGCAGAACCUCAUAUUUUUGGGCUCGGAGAUGAUCUCGAGGAACACAAAAGGGAAUAAUGCACCCUCUUCCAUCCCCGUCUGUAUUCAGUUCUGCUUCCAUGUUCAGUUACAGGCUUACAGCAUCAAUGCAGGAUCCCGCCACACCGUGCUUUCCUGACUACACAGAAAAGAACUGAGAGAGCUAUUCAGAGCUUCUUUGAGCCACGGGCCAUAGACUGUCAAAGUCUUAAUUGAUAGACCAUGUUUUUAAUCAUGUACUUGAACGUUUCUCUUUAUAUAUGGACAUCCAUUCCACCCAGGAAGGGGGGUUCGAAGGAAAAAGAGAGAAUUCAAAACUUUUUAGAUA